AUGGAGAGCUCCCAAGCUGGAAGUCAUAUCCUCCAAAGUCCCUCAAAUAAUGGCAAUUGCUCUUACGUGACCUCCAACGAUGGCCAACCAGGAACCUUCCAAGUGCAUGGUGCUCCCGAAGCAGUCGGCGGCACAGCGCAGAUGCACCCAAGCGAGGCAGUUUCAGAAGCAAGAAAACGCAUAUCAAAUCCUGAUGGUAAAUUAUCGCGUGCAGUGUCGUGGAUGCCCAAAUGGACGGAUCAGAAGCAACAAAUGGCAAGAGACCUAGCGGGGUCUUCGCCCACGGUUCGACGAGGCAUGAAAAGCGGUGUGGCAGCCUCGCCUGCCAUACGAAUAGCUGCCAAAUACCCGUUUAGCAGCUCUUCUGUUCGGCCUCUAUCUGUCGGACCGCCAAGUCAACGAUCACAAGUAAUAUCCAAUCGCCGCACUCAUGCUGCUAGCGUGAACAUUCCUGCACAGAGGCGGAUAGCAAAUCAGCAGCAACAAAAGCUGCUGACGAGAUUUGACAGCGAUAAAAGUGUUAAGGCUGCGACACCGUCAGCUGCUGCUGAGGUGGCUUUGCCUCGGCGAGUGGGACAGCAUGGCUCAGAAAAGCAUUCAGAAGCCUGCCCUUGUGGUCCAUCAAGUGCGACUACACACUGCGAGCUGCCACUUCUCCAGAAACGUCGGACUUGGCGCCUUUUGCAGCAUCUUGUGGAUCAACUUGAGGCAGAAGGACAGUCCCAUGCGCUCCUUCAAUAUCCUGAAGUUCUCCAGAAAUUGUUAAAGGCUCUUAUGCCGUUAAUACAACAGAAAGAUGCACUCGGCAACUUAAGCGAAUGCACCCAAGCGAAUGGCUUUCUUUCGGGAAGGGUCUCUAACGGCUCAAAUGACUGCUCGUCAACUCUGCUGGCCCAGAUCCCAUAUUCAGGGCCACAAUCUAGCGCUACCCGUCAAACGAGCGCUCCUGCUUCGGGACAAGUAGCUGCACUGUCGAACACUGCAAACAGCGAUACUCGUUCGCUACACAAGCCACUUUCUGCCUCAUCAAGAGUGCGACUCGCUCGUGCAACCCAAGAUGCGGGCCAAGGGUUGCCAGGCCCGUUACUUCAUAAUGCUGCUUCCGCGAAGGCAAGCCUUCGGCACCGCGGACGCCCUACGUCUGCAUUGAGGAAUGCCUCCAAUCGCUUGCAACAGGAAAGUGCUUCACAGAAUUCCCCAGGUUCACGGACGUAUUUGAUAGCGAAGCGUGACAUUAGCAAUCCUGCUGGGACUAGAGGAAUGACAAUAUCUUCGCAGGCGACUGAAAAGCCUCGGCCUAGCCGGGCAAUUAGCACAGGACGGUACUUGCAUGUGGCCUCACGACUUCCUCAGGGUGCGUUACAACACAGGAGGCAUUCCAGAACGACUAAUCAGGCAGUUUUGCUGCACAAGAACAAUGAUGGGGGGAAGCCAGUUCUCCCUUCUUUCGUGACUUGCGCUUCAUCGACCAAUCUCAACCACGAAUCUGUGAUGGAGCCUGUUUCCUCUGCAAGAUCUGAUGACUCGGGGAGCCGUUUUGAUUCUGGAGUCACUCCAUCACUGGGAAGCUUCACUGAGGAUUCCAUGGAGCCUUGCUCCGCCCAGCAAUUUGACACGGGCAGUGGGGCGAUUUGGUGGGCUGGCUCAACGUUGGAGCGCCUUGCGCUCUUUCGCACCAGUCGAAAUAUACAGGCGUUGCCACCCUCUUCGCAAGCCAGUAACUUUGAAGACGACACGCCAGAACAAAGUGUUGAAAGCCCGGCAGCGCAUGAAUCCAGACAGUCUUCGGGCCGUGCUGGUGUAGUUCCAGCUGUUAGUGAGACUCAGAGUCCAACUACAGCAGUGAGAAGGCGACGGCUUGUCGAGCCCAGCAAUUUGGCAGCUAGGAGACAAACUGCCGUUGUUGUGUCCUCUGCGCAAGCCAGUGGAGAGGGAGAUAAACUGCCAGCAAUCUCGGAAAAAUUUGCAGGUGUCCUUGCUCCGCCUGAAAAACGCGAGAGGCGUUUCACCACUUCAGAUGUAGCGAAGUUCAAGAGCACAGCGGCUUCUUUCAAGGGAGGCCGUCUGGUCCUAACAGCGGAUGAGUUAGACAAAGAAUCUAGGGAUGGUCAAGCGACCUUACCGGUGCCUCCCUUGAAAGAUGUCCCCAAAAUCAGGCAAGGAAGAAGAGCCACAACCCAAGUUACGACACCUAAAAGCACAAAUUCGCCGAGACUGUCUGCUGAAGCAAAAGCAAAAAGGGAGAAAUCGCCUAUACUAACUAAGAAGUUGGCAAAGAGAGAUAGUAGGAGUUCCCUAAACCCAUCAUCUGCUUCUCCACGCGAAUCACCUCAGGCAGUUCCAGGGGGCCGAAGGAUGUCUGCACCUCCUCCACGAAGAGCAACACAGGCAAAAAUUGCCGCUGCACUACCUCCUCCGCGUGCGCGUGCUGCCUCUACCCGUGGAGCCCCUGCAGGAGUCCCUUCGUCCUCAUUAAAAGCCCCUUCAGCAAGGCGAAAGACUGUCAAGUUACCUUCUUCCAAAGUGAGAGGGCAAUCUGUCAAGUCACAGAAGGAUGAAGAACUUCUAUUGCCGGAAACAGAGGGACUGGAUAAGGGUGACGGAGAUGUAGAGGAUGAAAAAAGUGGAGAAAUGCCAACGGCAGUAGAGACAGAACCAGAGCCGCCAUACCCGUACCUUACCCUUAAGGAGCUGCCAGCAUUAGAGAAACCUGUCAGGCCUCUUCCAAAUUUGAGUGCCCUUCUCCUCAAGGCCGGCUUGGACCCUCCACCACCAAUUGACGAUUCUGUGACAUUCACACAUGUUCUCGAUCGUAACGAAAGAUUGACGGAAGCGGGUAGAGAUGAAGCCACCCAGCAUGCAGUUUCGUCUCUCUGCAAUGAUGGCCCAGAUACAAUGCUGCUAGUUGCUCGCUGGCUGGACACAGCAGCAGACACUGUCGAGAGCAACACUAUCGCGGCGGCUGAGGGGCUGCCGUGGCGGGAUGUUAUUCCGCCACUCUUUAUUGGGGUCAAUAGGCACAGAGAGCUUCUGAAUCCAACAGCGCCACCCAAAUCUUUUUCACCGAAAGAGCUACGAACCUUUUUCGAAGCAGAAGGUUUCAUAGAAACGCAAGAACAAAAGCUGCGGCACUUACUGGAAACCAAGAGCCUACCAACCAAGCCUUCAGAUGGUAAAGAAAAGUUGUGCUGUUCUGAAAGCGUUGACUAG